UCAGUUGUUACUGGUUGUACAGAUGGAAUUGGUAAAGCUUAUGCUGAACAGAUUGCUAAGAAAGGAAUCAAUGUGGUAUUGAUCAGUAGAACACAAUCUAAAUUAGAUGAACUAGCCACAGAAAUAGAAUCUAAGUAUAAAGUUGAAACGAAGACUAUAGCAGUAGAUUUUAGUAGAACUGAUAUAUAUGAUAAAAUUCGAGUUGGUUUGACUGGACUAGAUAUUGGUACAUUAGUUAAUAAUGUUGGAAUGAGUUAUAGCUUCCCUGAAUAUUUUGCAGAUCUUGAAAACAGGGAAAAGGUAUUGAUUGAUAUGAUAAACACCAAUAUGACUUCCUGUUCUAUGAUGACUAGUAUAGUGUUACCAGGAAUGUUAGAGAGGAGAAGAGGUAUUAUUAUAAAUAUUGCAUCAUCAUCAGCUCUCUCACCUCUACCCUUACUUACAGUCUAUGCUGCUACCAAGGCAUAUAUGGAUUUUUUCUCACGAGGGCUAAAUGAAGAAACUGCCAGUAAAGGUGUUAUACAUCAGGUUGUUGUACCAGGGUUUGUAGCUACCAAAUUAUCCAAGAUCAGGAGAGCUAAUCUAUUUGCUCCUACACCAUCUACGUUUGUAUGCAGUGCGUUAGCUACUGUUGGUAUUGAGUCACGUACAUUUGGAUAUUGGUCUCAUGUCAUCAUGGUAAGUAUAGUCUAG